UGAAUAAACUAUACGGACCUUAGAUAUCUGUAACACAGAGGGAAAAAAAAGACUUGAAUUGAAGGGGAGAGGCGCCAUUUGAGAUUGUUUUUUGGUUCCAUGAGCAUAUCCAUGGCUCCAUCUCUCACCUCUAAUUCGUUUCUCUUAAGCACAACGCCCCAGUCAAGGCUAACCCUCAAGGCUCCAAGGCUCGCAGUGCUUGCCAAAGGGUCCGGACCCUUCUCUUCGUUUCAGCUCGGGAAAGCUAAAGACAACCCUGAAGAUGGUCAAGCUAAAGACUCGGGCAACUCUAGCCCAUUCCGAUUCAAUUUUGGUAAUUUACCUGAUGUGAAAACCUUGGUCCCCGUAGUCACUAAUCCUUCCACCGGUCUGUCGUUUGGGAACGUUAGAAGAAAAGAUCCGAACACCGUGUAUGUCGCAGGCGCAACGGGGCAGGCCGGCAUUCGCAUUGCGCAGAAGUUGUUGCGCCAGGGUUUCUCAGUACGUGCCGGUGUGCCGGAGCUUGCUGCUGCUCAGGAGUUGGCUCAACUUGCUGCACAAUACAAGAUCAUAUCGAAUGAAGAGUCGAAACGCCUAAAUGCUGUCGAAUCCACAUUCGAAGAUGCAGAAUCGAUAGCCAAAGCCAUUGGCAAUGCCAGCAAAGUCGUCGUCACGAUCGGCCCCGGUGAGAACGGCCCCUCUUCUGCGGUCUCCGCAUCAGAUGCAGUGCAAGUGAUUCAAGCCGCUCAACUAGCCGGCGUAGGUCACGUUGCAAUAGUCUACGACGGUAACGCCGGGAAUAUGUCUACCUACAACGUGCUCGACGGCAUCACAUCGUUCUUUAGUAACCUUUUCUCUCAAUCUCAACCAUUAAGUCUGCCGGAAUUCUUACAAAAAGUAAUAGAAACUGACGUUAGCUACACAUUCUUAAAGACAACCCUGACUGAAGAUUACUCGGCAGAGAGCUCUUACAAUGUUGUGGUGUCAGCCGAAGGAAGCGUUGGUGCAAACGACUACAAAGUUGCAAAAUCCCAGGUAGCAUCUUUAGUGGCAGAUGUUUUCUCCAACACAGCCGUGGCAGAAAACAAGGUUGUAGAAGUGUCUACUAGUCCGUCAGCUCCAUUAAAGGGUGUGGAUGAGCUUUUCAGUGGUAUUCCUCAGGAUGGAAGAAGGAAGGCGUAUUCCGAAGCCAUGGCAAAGGCUAAAGCCGAAGAAGAGGCGAUAUUAGCCGCCGAGAAGGCUCGGGACGCAGCCGAUGCAGCGAAGAAGCUGGAAGAGGAAGUGAAAAAGCUUUCGGAGCAAGAAGCGAGGGCAGCUACUCUAGCUGAAGAAGCACAAGAGAAAGCACAGGCUGCAGGUGCCUCUGUGGAGGGCCUGUUGAGUAAAGCAAAAGACUUCAGCACAGGACUUACAUGGGAAAAAUUCAGUUUACAAAUAGCCACUGCGGUUCAAAAGAGUCCUAAUGGAGAGCAGCCUAAAGUGCAGGUUGCCACUGUUAGGGGACAAGCCAAGGCUAGAAAUCUACCUUCACAGAAGGCCAAUGUUAAGCAAGCUACGACAUCGUUUUUCCCAAAGGCGAAGGAGACAGCACCCAAGACCAAACCAAAGGCACCAAAGCCUAGUACUGUAAAAGACGCAGAUAAAACUGAAGUGAGGAAGGUUUUUGGUGGCCUGUUUCAGCAGGAAACCAUUUAUGUAGAUGAUGACUGAGGGGAAAAAAAAACAUUUGAAACCAAUAACUUUGUCGGUUUUUAAGAUGACUUUUUUGUGCUUGUGCAAA